AUGGCCUCAGAUGUUUUAGCAACUUCUGAAACUGGAAUUCGCGAGAACUUGUUUCAGGUAACAACAGCUAUCAAAUUUCUCUCGAACCCCAAUGUGCAAAGAUGUACUAUGGAAAGUAAAGAAAGAUUUCUUAGAAGCAAAGGUCUUUCUGAUCUAGAAAUACGCAAAGCGCUUGAGAAAUGUGGAGACCUACUAGAUGCUCCUUCACUGACUUCAGAACUGAUGAUGUUUCAUCAUUCAAGAAGGUCAUGGUUUAAAGAGAAGAUUGUGCCCUUGAUAAUGUAUGGUGGUUUCAUCUAUGGUUGCUACUGGCUUUAUAAGAAUUGCAUCAGACAUCUUAUAUUUGUCGAACAACCGAAACCAAAAACAACAGCAGAAUGUAUAGAUGAGCUCCGCAAAUCAUUAGACGUUAUGAACUCGAGCAUUGCUUCCCUGCGAGGGGACGUACAGUCUUCGUUGAAACGCAACGCGAUGAGAUCAGAAUUGGACAAUUUAAAGGCAGAUAUCGCAUCGGUUAAAGGCAUCUUGCUUAAUAGGAACCAGUUUCCCGCAUUAAAAACCCGUACAGAACCCCCAUCAAUACCGGCCUGGCAGCGUCAAUCAGAAGAAGCGACGUCCACAGAUCCCGUAGAAGAGAAGAAGAAGCCACACAGAAGUAGAAGUCAAAGGUCCGAGUCAGGUGGUUCCAACUCCAGUGAAGGAGAACAAGCUACAAAGAACAGUGAUAGCAGUUUGGAGAUCAUAACA